CACGCUUUCAAGAAAAGUAUACAUUUUAAGGGCCAUAGACUAGCCCUUGUACCUCAUAUAAUGCAACCUCCUGAAGACAUAUAUUCUCUAGGUAUGGACUUUUGCAGUGGCCAAGUGAAAAAUACCCCUUUGCCCUCUGAAUGUUUGGUGAAAAUCAACUGAUCAAAAGCAGAUUAAUAGUAAAAAAGGAUACGAGUUUAUGUGAUCAUAGUUUUAGAGGUCUCACUAGCCUUCAGAGUGAAGACCCAAAGAUACAGGGGAAAAAGUCCAUUUUUAUGCUUAGGUUCAACUAAGUAUGGACAGCUGUGUAGAAAUAUGAUUGGACAAAAAAGGUAUUAAUAUAAUCUAAUGCUAAUACACUGAGUGAGGAAACCCAACGAGGCCUGGUUGUGUAGAUUCUUCUUGGCCUCUCUCUGUAUCAUUCCUUCCUUCUGGGUAGUGGGUAGGGCCCUCUCUGAAUGGGGACCCUAUGACCUGUGAUCAGAAAAAAAAAUAUCAGAAAAUUUAUGUUCAGUUUUUACACACGAAGCUGGGGACAAUUUACAGUGACAUCAUUAGAUUUUAUAGCUGGCUUUGAAGAAAAGAGUUCCUGUUUCUAUGGCCUGCCUUUGGGAAGAGGAAGUCUAGUUUCUAUGGCUACCCUUGGGGGAGAAUUAGAGGCCAGAGACAGGAGGGCAGAAGUCAGAGAAAAACUUUUGCCUCUGAGACCUUCAUUUUGGGGUAUUUUUUCUUAGCCUCAACAAUUUGAAGUCACUAUGUUUCACUCUCUGCUCAUGGUUUGUGACCUGAGGACAAAUUACUUACUUAACUACUUUGAGCCUCAGUUUCCUCAUCUGUGUGACGAAGCUAAUCAUACCUUCCUCAUGGAACUGUUGCAAUGUUUAAGUAAUGCAUAUAAGAACAUAAUUUCCUGAAGCAUAUAAAGUUCUCAAUAAACGGUAGCUAAAUGAAUUAUCAAGAAAUAAUAGCAGUUGGUUUAGCUUAUCGGUUAUCAAAACAAACAAACAAAACUAGCAUAGGUUUACCUAGUAUAAGUUUGGCAAAAAAAAAAAAAGCUGCACAAAUGGAGUUAUAUUUCCAAUUUUUUGUUUUGUCAAAACAGUAGUAUGGAAUAAAUGAGAGAAAGAAAGCAAAAUGGGAAAACAUUAAGGAAUGGAAAACGAAAGGAGAAAUGGGCAAAAUAAAAAAGAAAGGAAUUUUUAAUAAGGUAGAGUAGAACCGGCAAGCAGGAAAAAGCAAGUUAAAAGUGCCAGAGGUGAGAAGGAACAGGCCACAUCUGAUGUGCCAAGCAGGUCAGGACCCAGCCUGGCAAGGCAGAAGCUUAGGGGACUGCUGGGGGCGUGGCUCCAGCAGUGACGGAGGCUCCAGCGGUGGGGCGGGGCCCACAGAAACCACGCCUCUCAAGGACGGCGCCUAUAAAGGCGGAACUUCCUGUCUGGGCAGCCUCUCUGCAUCCGGGAGAUCUGAAUAGCGGGUGACACCGAGCAUCAAGCGAGCAAGAGGACGCGCUGCAGCUGGAGAAGAUGGCUGAUCCAUGGCAGGAAUGCAUGGAUUAUGGAGUAACCCUAGCAAGACAAGCUGGAAAGGUGGUCUGUGAGGCUCUUAAAGAUGAAAAGAAUGUUAUGCUGAAAAGUUCUCCAGCUGAUUUGGUAACUGUUACUGACCAAAAAGUUGAACAAAUGCUUAUUUCUUCGAUAAAGGAAAAGUAUCCAUCUCACAGUUUCAUUGGUGAGGAGUCUGUGGCAGCUGGGGAGAAAUGUAUCUUAACCGACAACCCCACGUGGAUCAUUGAUCCUAUUGAUGGAACAACUAACUUUGUUCACAGAUUUCCUUUUGUAGCUGUUUCAAUUGGCUUUGUUGUAAAUAAAAAGAUAGAAUUUGGAGUUGUGUACAGCUGUGUGGAAGAUAAGAUGUACACUGCCAGGAAAGGAAAAGGAGCCUUUUGUAAUGGUCAGAAACUACAGGUUUCAAAGCAAGAAGAUAUUACCAAAUCACUCUUGGUGACUGAGUUGGGCUCUUCCAGAACACCAGAGACUGUCAAAAUUAUUCUUUCUAAUAUGGAAAGGCUGUUUUGCAUUCCUAUUCAUGGGAUCCGGACUGUUGGAACAGCAGCAGUUAAUAUGUGCCUUGUGGCAACUGGAGGAGCAGAUGCGUAUUAUGAAAUGGGAAUUCACUGCUGGGAUGUUGCAGGAGCUGGCAUUAUUGUUACGGAAGCUGGUGGAGUGCUAAUGGAUGUUACAGGUGGACCAUUUGAUUUGAUGUCACGAAGAGUAAUUGCUGCAAAUAGUAGAGCAGUAGCAGAAAGGAUAGCCAAGGAAAUUCAGGUCAUACCUUUGCAACGAGAUGAUGAAGAUUAAUUACAGCAGCCUUAUGUUCAGUCAUAGUUGCUUUUCCCCAGAUUUGCUGACUCACUGAUGGAUAUCUGUUUCAGAUAUAUGAUAUGCUUGGUUUAAAUUGUCUUUGUCUGGAUUAAAAAAUUGGAACUUGGUCCAUAUUUUACUAAGACUGUGUUUGCAAGAACAGAUGUAUGUUUGUUUCAUUGCUUUAAACAUUUUGCAUGUAAGACUGUACUUUAGGAAAAGUGCACAAGAAGUACAGUUCAUGAGAUAACUGUAAUAUCAACUGAAAUAGUAAUUUGGCAUUUCUAAGUACCUAUGGUCCUUUGGAAUUUUGAGUGACUAUAUAUCUAUAUAUAUAUAUGUA